UCAUCAAUCAAAACGAGUUGCUGAACAAAGUUAGUAAAUCGUUCUCCUCUUCCUUGUACCUUAUGAGACUCUCUUAUUAAGCUCGAUCGUCUUCAGUUACACGUGGAACUCAGUUACAGAUCCCUGAUGAGAACACACUCUAUCGAUUAGCCGCUCCCCGACUUGAUUUACCGAUAUCUCAGCGUUUACUGGAAAAAUUUAAAUUAUCAUAUAUUAAACGUUGCUACGAAGAUCAACUGAGACUGAAAUUGGAUGAUUUUACAAGUGAAAGUGAUGUUUAUAUGGCAUGCUUGAUUCUUCAAAAACAAAUCGAAGUAAUUGACGGAAAAAAAGAAAAUAUUAUUAUACCAUCAAAAAAAUUAAAAGAAAUGUCG